CGUGCGUGUCGGCUGCGCCUCCGCCUUCUGGGGAGACACGGCGGCAUCAGUUCCUCAGCUACUAUAUGGAGAGAAGCUGGAUUAUUUGGUUUUUGAUUAUCUCUCGGAGAUAACUAUGUGCCUCCUAACUGCUGCCAAAGUAAAAUCAUCUGAUUUGGGCUAUGUUCCUGAUUUUGUACAGACUGCCAUGGCUCCAUAUAUAAAGGACAUUCAUAAAAAAGGCGUGCGUGUGGUCAGCAAUGCUGGGGGUACCAACCCUCUCAUGUGUGCUGCUGCCCUGGACAAGAUGGCCAGGAAGGCUGGUGUUGAUUUGAAAAUAGCAGUGGUCACUGGAGAUGACAUCCUGGGAGAGAAGGAGGCUCUGCAAGGAUCCACUAUCACAGAUAUGGAGAGUGGGAAGAAAUUUCCAGACACCAUUGAAAGCAUGAAUGUGUACCUUGGAGCAAGACCCAUAAGCAGGGCCCUGGACCUCGGUGCCGACAUCGUUCUGACGGGGCGCUGCGUGGACAGUGCUCUCGUGCUGGGACCCCUCAUUCACGAGUUUGGUUGGAAAAGCAAUGACUUUGACUUAUUAGCCGCUGGAAGCCUUGCAGGCCAUCUCAUUGAAUGUGGUGCUCAGAGUACUGGUGGAAUAUUCACAGAUUGGCAUUUGGUACCAGACUGGCACAAUAUAGGAUUUCCCGUACUGGAAUGUUUUCCUGAUGGACAGUUCAUCCUCUCCAAGCCUCCUGGCACCGGGGGAUUGGUCUCCUUUGGUACAGUGGCUGAGCAGCUAGUGUAUGAGAUUGGUGAUCCUCAGCGUUUUCUUUUACCUGACGUCACUUGUGACUUUUCUCAAGUCUCUAUUACUGAAAUUCCAGGUGUUGAAGGUGGAGCGGUUCGGGUCCAAGGAGCAAAGGGGUCGCUUCCUUCUUCCUUUUAUAAGGUAAGCGCUUCUUAUCAUGAUGGUUUCAGAGCCACUGCUGUCUGCCCAAUGGGAGGGCCAAAGGCAACUGAAAAGGCAAGGAGAACAGCUGAAAGUAUUUUGAAAAGAACUCGUCUUAUGUUUGAAAAAGCUGGCUUAGGAGAUUAUAGCAAAGUUCACAUACAAAUUUUAGGAUCUGAAGAAACAUAUGGAGCACAAGCUAAAGCAAAUGUAAAUGGAGGUCCGCGAGAAGUAGUUCUUUGGCUUUCGGUACAUCAUAAAGAGAAGAAGGCACUGGAAAUUUUUUCAAGAGAAAUUGCACCAGCAGGGACUGGAAUGGCACCUGGUCUGACGGGAGUGGUUGGAGGUCGUCCAAAAGUAUCUCCUGUUCUAAAACCAUUUUUCUUCCUGUAUCCCAAAAAAAAGGUUAAGAUUGAUAUCCACCUGGUUAAUGGAGAGCAUAUUGAAACCUUCCACGAAGAUCUCACCUUUGCACAGGACACAUUGGCUUCACCGAGUUUACCCAAGAUAGCUGAUGACCUGAAAGAUCUUCCAAGUGGCUCACUGACAUAUCGCUUAGAAGAUCUGGCCUACACAAGAAGUGGGGACAAAGGCAACUCUGCAAAUAUAGGCAUCAUAGCACGGCACCCUCUCUACUACCCAUACUUAAAAAAAUUUCUAACUGCUCAAGCCAUAGAAGAUUAUUUCCAACAUAUUCUGCAUAAAGAACAACCUGGAGAAAACUCGGUGAUAAGAUAUGAUUUGCCAGGAAUAUAUGCGUUAAACUUCGUUUUAAAAAAUUCCCUCGGUGGUGGAGGCACUGCCUCCCUGAGAAGUGACCCACAGGGCAAAGCACUUGGACAGAUGGUACUGGACAUCCAGAUAAAAGAUGUUCCUGAUUUAAAGUCAUUAGUAGGUGGCUGAAAGAGUGUCUGCUUUGGGAAACCUAUUCUUAGUACAAAUGCAAAAUUGAAUAGGAGAUAAAAGAAUAUAGAAAAUAUGCAUUGAAGCACACACCAGCUAGGUAAAUUGAAUGCCAGCAUUAAAAAUGUGGUGACUACAGGGAAGAAGAGAAUAGGUGAUUUUUUAAAAAUAUAGAACAGAUAUAUCCUUUAGGCAUUUGAUGAUGUUCUUUUUUCUGUCAAGCAUCUACUUUAAAAACUUGGUAAAUUGUGAUUUAAUGAUAUAUUCACUUUUAGAUUAUCUCUGAUCCCCAAUGCCAAGCUGGGAUAAUCUUAUGUGUUUGAAGAGCAUCUUUCUCUCCUUUUAAAUGUUUUAAAAAAUCAUAUUACCUAUUCUAAACAAUUUUUAUACAUAAGCAUACAAAUUAAGUUCAGGUUCAAGGAAGCAGUCUAUUAAUUAGUUAGAAAAUUUUAACACAUUUGCAGUAUUCUCACACUGAAUUAGGAAAAAUAGAAAAUAUCUGAAUAUUUUAUCCUCAGUAGGAAAAAGUUUGAAAAAUUAAUGACACAAUGUCCUAAUACUUUGAACUCAAAUUAAAUUCAAAGUUUGCUAUGCAACUAAUUUUCAAAUGUUAGUCCAGGUGACUUUUAACCACUUUUAAUUAACUAUCAUUAUUUUAUGUUCCAUGGUAAAUAGUAUGGUGAUGAUUUUGCAGUGAGUUGAUAUAAUAAAAAUUGUGAUUAUAGUUUUUAAUGAA